GUCGUUUCAUCUUCACCCGUGGCCUCCGCGCAAUUUAGCCAAAGCAGCCUUCUACGGCCGCGACCCUUCGAGUUCCAACGUUUUCUAUCAGACCAAAGUCGUAUCCUAAAAAUGAGCUCCGAAGGAGAAAAGGCCAGAACCUCCGGCGAGGUCUCCCGCCCGGAACCCAGUCUGCCUACUGUUAACCCGGCCGCUGAGAGGGCAGAGCCUCCCAAGCCUGCCUUCCAUCCCGCAGUUUAUGUGACUGUUUGGAUUACUCUGAGUUCCAGCGUCAUUCUGUUCAACAAGCACAUCCUCGAUUAUGCUCAGUUCCGCUUCCCUAUUAUCCUUACCACAUGGCAUUUGGCAUUCGCGACCUUCAUGACCCAAGUUCUCGCCCGCACCACCACCUUACUCGAUGGCAGGAAAACUGUUAAGAUGACUGGCCGGGUUUAUCUCCGCGCUAUCGUCCCUAUUGGUCUUUUCUUCAGCUUGAGUUUGAUUUGCGGUAAUAUGACUUACUUGUACCUGAGUGUUGCAUUCAUUCAGAUGCUCAAGGCUACCACUCCGGUCGCUGUGCUCUUCGCCACCUGGGGAAUGGGAAUGGCUCCUGUGAAUUACAAGGUGCUCAUGAACGUGUCCCUGAUUGUCAUUGGUGUCAUUAUCGCAUCUUUCGGUGAGAUCAAGUUCGUCCUCACGGGAUUCCUCUUCCAAAUCGGUGGUAUUAUCUUCGAGGCCACUCGUCUGGUCAUGGUGCAGCGUCUGCUUAGCUCCGCCGAGUACAAGAUGGACCCUCUUGUCUCCCUGUACUACUUCGCUCCUGUUUGCGCUGUGAUGAACGGUGUCACUGCUCUGUUCAUGGAGGUCCCUCAUGUCACCAUGGACCACGUUUACCGCGUGGGUGUCUGGACCCUGUUGCUGAACGCUGUUGUUGCUUUCCUGCUGAACGUUUCGGUUGUCUUCCUGAUCGGAAAGACCUCAUCCCUCGUCAUGACCCUCUGCGGUGUUCUGAAGGAUAUCCUCCUGGUUAUUGCGUCGAUGAUGAUCUGGCAGACUCCCGUUACCCUUACCCAGUUCUUCGGUUAUUCCAUUGCCCUCGUUGGUCUCGUCUACUACAAGCUUGGUGGUGAUAAGAUCAAGGAAUACACCAGCCAGGCCAACCGUGCCUGGGCUGAAUACGGUGCCAACCACCCCGCCAAGCGCAAGUCCAUCAUCAUCGGUGCUAUUGUCCUCAUCUUUUUCCUGUUGGCUGGAUCCAUGGCACCCAGCUAUGCUGGCGGCUCUGUUGACAGAGUCAAGGGCUUGCUCGGUGGCGCCACUGCUGGAAACGCAUAAAAGGCGCUACCAGGCUUUGUGAGGUGUUUUGUCCCAGACAGAUACGGAGUGGAUGCAUCCUGAACACGGAGCGGUUUCAGGUGCCAUGUGAAACUGAACGACACAGACCUACCAACCUUCAUUUCUUUACUUAUUUAUACCACUAUUUACACAGUGGGCCUCAUGAUAAACCUUAUGGCCCGCAGCUUAAAAGAUAAUGCCUGUCAGCUGCAGUAAUCCCGCGGGAUGGACACCCGGAGUGCCAGGAGAUACGGCCACAUGCAGGGAAUGCAGCCUGUGCCUGAUGAACACUGGAUGUCAUCUCGAGGGGUCGUGAUAUGACUUGUGGAUCUCGCUCGGGAGGUCCCCCCCCCUUGCCUUUUGUUGUUUACGGUGUCAAUCCUUCUUUGGAUUCCAUUGUAUUGUUUGAGAUUUGAUGAACAUUUGUGUCACGCUAAACUAGCACGAGGUUCUGGUGUCGGGAUAUUGCUUUUAUCUAGCUCUUGAUAUUGUUCCGCAUUCCUUCUUGUGACUAUAGAUUUAUUCUUUUCUAUUUCUUCUAACAAAAUAGAC